CUGUAACAUCUUGAGAGGCCGGCGCCGGCGCCCUCCCCCUCGGGCGGUGCGUUCCCGGGCAGUCUGUGCGAGGGCCGGGCCCGACCGACCGGCGGCCUCUCGGUCCCCUCGUCCUCUCCGCUCCAGGUCGUCCCGGCUCCCGGGGGAUGCCCCGGACCAGGUCCUCUUCAUGGCUGCCGACGUUUUCAUGUGUUCGCCGCGUCGGCCCCGCAGUCGGGGCCGCUCGGUGCUGCUCAAGCCUCAGGUGCCGGAGGACGACGACGACUCGGACACAGACGAGCCGUCUCCGCCGCCCCCCUCCGGCGUGGCCGCCUCGGCCCGGGCCCACGCCAGUGCCGUGCCGCUGCCACCCCGGGCCGGACCGGGCCGCGAGGAGCCUCCGCGCCGACAGCAGAUCAUCCACAGCGGCCACUUCAUGGUGUCCUCUCCGCACCGCGAGCACCCGCCCAAGAAAGGCUAUGAUUUCGACACGGUCAACAAGCAGACGUGCCAGACCUAUAGUUUCGGCAAGACCAGCUCCUGCCAUCUGUCCAUUGAUGCUUCGCUCACCAAGCUCUUCGAGUGCAUGACCCUGGCCUACAGUGGGAAAUUAGUGUCUCCAAAAUGGAAAAACUUCAAGGGCCUGAAGCUCCAGUGGCGGGACAAGAUCCGGCUCAACAAUGCCAUCUGGAGGGCAUGGUACAUGCAGUAUUUGGAGAAACGCAAGAAUCCUGUGUGCCACUUUGUCACUCCACUAGAUGGCUCUGUUGAUGUGGAUGAACACCGCCGGCCAGAGGCCAUCACCACAGAGGGCAAAUACUGGAAAAGCCGCAUUGAGAUUGUGAUCCGGGAAUAUCACAAGUGGAGAGCCUACUUCAAGAAGCGGCUGCAGCAGCACAAGGACGAAGACCUCUCUAGUCUGGCCCAGGAUGAUGACAUGCUCUAUUGGCAUAAACAUGGAGACGGCUGGAAAACUCCAGUCCCCAUGGAGGAGGACUCACUGUUGGACACAGACAUGCUCAUGUCAGAAUUCAGUGACACCCUCUUCUCCACACUUUCUUCACACCAACCAGUGGCCUGGCCCAACCCACGGGAAAUAGCACAUUUGGGAAAUGCAGACAUGAUCCAGCCAGGCCUGAUCCCUUUGCAACCCAACCUGGACUUCAUGGACACCUUUGAGCCUUUCCAAGAUCUCUUCUCUUCCAGCCGAUCCAUUUUUGGCUCCAUGCUGCCUACACCUACGUCAGUACCUGCCCCAGAUCCCAGCAGCCCACCUUCUCAGGGGAACAUCUUGCCAAAUACAGCUCUUCCCACUGUGAGCCUGCCCAAUAGCCUUGUUGCAUCUUCUGCAGCCCCCUCCCUGGAUCCCACAGAUGGGCAGGGUUGUGAACGCACUUCCCAGACUGUGGACACAUUUAUUCAGCCUGCAGACUUUGGUCCCUCUGAGCCACCACUGAGUGUCCCCCAGCCCUUCCUCCCUGUCUUUACUAUGACCUUACUUUCCCCUGGCCCUGCUCCAGCACCUGUCCCAACUGCAUUGCCCUUAGUCUCUCCUCCUGCCUCUACUCUGAACCCCUCAACCCCACCAGCUUUCCUACAGCCACAGAAGUUUGCUGGAGUCAGCAAAUCAACCCCUGUCAUUACUCACACAGCCUCUGCCACUCUUACCCAUGAUGCUUCUGCCACCACCUUCAGCCAGAGCCAGGGCCUUGUCAUUACAGCACACCACCCAGCCCCUUCAUCAUCCCCCUGUGGUCUGGCACUAUCACCCAUACCCCAGCCACCCCAGCCUCAUUUAACUUUUAUACACCCCAAACCUGUGUCCUUGACUGGAGUGAGACCCAAGCAACCCCCCAAAAUAGUGCCUGCUCCCAAACCUGAGCCUGUAUCCUUGGUGUUGAAGAAUGCCUGCAUUGCUCCAGCUGCCUUCUCAGGCCAGCCACAAAAGGUGAUCAUGACAUCAGCUCCUCUGAAGAGGGAGGGGAUUCUGGCAUCUACUGUGUCCCCAUCCAAUGUGGUCAUUGCUCCUGCUGCCAUCACCAGGGCUUCUGGAGUCACAGAGUUCCUCAGCCACAACACAAGCAACCAGCCUACACCUGUCUCUCGGCUCUUCUCUCCAAGUACAGUGCAAGACUCCCUGGUGAAGGGCGAGCAGGUUCCACUGCAUGUGGGUAGUACCCAGGUCCCUGCCACAGGCGCUAGCCGUGACUGUCCCAACUCAGGGCAAGCCUCUCCAUGCCCAUCAGAACAAAGUCCCAGUCCUCAGUCUCCCCAGAACUGCUCAGGGAAAUCCACAGACCCCAAAAAUGUGGCCGCAUUAAAGAACCGGCAGAAGCACAUCUCAGCUGAACAGAAGAGGCGUUUCAAUAUCAGGAUGGGCUUUAACACCCUCAACAGUUUGAUCUCCAAUAAUUCCAAGCAGACCAGCCAUGCCAUCACACUGCAGAAGACCAUGGAAUACAUCACCAAGCUGCAACAGGAGCGGAUGCAGAUGCAAGAGGAGGCCCGGAGGCUUCGGGAGGAAAUUGAGGAGCUCAAUGCCACCAUCAUCUCCUGCCAACAGCUGCUACCUGCCACAGGAGUCCCUGUCAACUGCCGUCAGUUUGACCACAUGAAAGAUAUGUUUGAUGAAUAUGUGAAAAGCAGGAUCCUGCAGAAUUGGAAAUUCUGGAUUUUCAGCAUGAUCAUCAAGCCGCUGUUUGAGUCUUUCAAGGAGAUGGUGUCCACCAGCAGCCUGGAAGAGUUUCACCGGACGGCGCUUUCCUGGCUGGAGCAGCACUGCUCUUUGCCUGUCCUCAGGCCAAUGGUACUGAGCACCCUCCGGCAGCUGAGCACCACCACCUCCAUCCUCACAGACCCAUCCCAGUUGCCAGAACAGGCGUCAGAGGCUGUUUCCAGGAUUGGCAAGAGACUGGGGGAGUCCUAAGUUUAGUUGUCAUGUGGCUGCAUGAGAUGCCUGAAGAUCCCCCUGUACCCUUCCUGAUGCACCGCCUCAGGGCUGCCCUUGACUCCAGUGGCCCACUGCACCAGUCAGGGUGAUGCUGUGCUCAGGUCUGAAGCAGGUUUGGACCUGCCCACAGCCGUGUCCCAUCUUGGGAACUCUUGCUGUGACCUCUAACUCAGUGACCUCAAUCACCAGUCUCCCCUGCAUUUGGGGUGACCCAGACAAAGGGAAACAUCGGCUGUUGUAGUCUUGCUCUCCUCGUGGCCUAUUGGAGUACAAUGCCAUCAAGUGGAAGGCAAGGAGACAAAGCCUGCUCCUGUGGUGGUGAGGGUCAUCCCGGGUCCUCAGAAUGCCUUUCUUGAGACUUAGAGACUUGACCCCUAUCGCAUUGUUACCUACUUGUGCUCCUCUGGCAACCCCUGCACACUUUCUGACCACUAUAGCAGCAGUGAAGUCUCUAACUCCUGCAACCCUGGCAGCCCUCGAUCCGCUUGGCUACUGUUCUGACAUCUGCAGAAAGGAAUGUGCCUCCUCCCUGGUGUGUUCUAUUGGAGGGGGAAAUCUUCUCCACAAACCCCAGAGCACACAUGGAAAACAAUGGGUGCGGAGGCCAGCUGGACAGGACGACACCGCAGGCACUGCAAGGCUGCUGUUCUGGGUCAGAGUCCCUCCAAGCAGUGUCCUGUCUAUGAGGUCUCAGUUCUGCCCGGCGUUGCAGUCACCAUGACCUUCCCAGCUUUGCCAGGGACUUCGCCCACCUGAGGCCCUUCAUGCCUGUUCUCCGCCCACUUGUCCUCCUCAGUUGUGGAAAAGGCAGGUGCACUCCAGGAGCAGUCUCAUCCUUGGUUCUAAUGUUUGGAAGGCCACACUCCAUGUUGCUGCUGUCAUCCUGGUCAUUUUAUCUGAUGUUUAACUGGGAGCUCCAAAUCGGGACAGUUCUCAGACCAAAGAUGUCAUCCCGCUAAAGAAGUCUGACCCAUCUUGUGUUAGGAGGAAGAAACAGAAAGCUGACAGGCAGGAUGCCCAAGAGUUGGCCCUUGAAGCUGUCUCCAGACUAGAUGGUAAAGAGCUAUGCUCAGAUUUGGACCAGUGAAGUUUGGAGGAUGACAUGUGUCUGUGUUCAAUUGCCCCAGUAUGUGUGUUACAGUUGGUAGAGACAGGGAGAUGUUGGGGGAAGGUGGCACUUGAGCCUCAUCUUUCUCUUUGCUGCCUCUGAGAUGCUACAGGCUCUGAGAUGCUACAGGCUCUGAGAUGCUACAGGCGGUGAGGUACUCUCUCCGGCACUCAGGGAGCCCAGUCAAGGGCACCUCCUGGGAAGAAUGUGCUUUUUUUUUUUUUUUUUUUUUUUUUUUUUUUUUGUCCUGCUGUGACACCUAGAGCAGGUAGCAGGCUUUUUCUUGGACUCUGUCCUGGCCCCUCGUCACCAUGCUGCCUGUCCUGGGGGAACCACAUGAGGAGGAGAGCCCAUCGGAAGUUCCUGCUGAUGCCUGAGGCCUGCCCUGGACUAAGUAGGUGGAGAGCAAAGAAAGGGUAGGGGCUGCUGACCAUGACACCAUUGAUGCUGUGAGCCCUGACCACAAGCUUGCUCCGUGUCUAAUUUCUAUCCUGUUUGGGAAUAGCAUGGUGGCCCUCCUCAGCCGUCCCCAAAACAUGUUUACAUGUUGAGAAAUGAA